CUUUCUAGCUACAUAGAGGAGUUAGUUGGCAUAACAGGAGGCAAGUCUUCACUAACUUGAGUGCAGAGUAUAGAUGGUAGUAAGUAACCUCUCAUAAUGCCUCUUAAGGCAGUAAACUACAAUUUUAUAUUUGCUUAUUCAGUGUGAGUACAAUUUGAGAAGGCAAGAACUGAAAGAAAAGUUCGAGGGUGAUCAGGUCCACAUUCUUAUCUUUGGUACGAAAGAGAAUAUCUCUCUUUUCAAUCUAUGUCUGUUUAUUCACUCUGUCUUUCAAAGAAAAUUCACAGCUUCCUCUACUAAUCCAUUUCAGACUCUCUAACAACACUUAAUGCUGGGAAAUCCUUUCUUAUAACUAACCAGGAACUGUAGGCGUAAGUAUCUGUUUCCUCCUAUUUCAGGGAAGCAGGUGCAUGUCUCUGCAACACUUCUCAUUUGGGCACUUUUUCUCUUUGUUCUUCCCACCCUUUGCUACACAAAGGCUGGAUUGAGAAGAGGCACUACAGUUAUUAACUUUGACCACCACCUGGGAGCAUGUGAGCAGGGCCAGGUUGAUACUUCACACUGCGGUAUUGAAUUAGUACUCAACAAUGUGGACGGCGCCCAGCUCUUCUGGUGAAAGCCCAUCUUCAGCAUUGGAAGUCUGAUUUGCUUUAGUGCCCUGUCAUCCACAGUGCCUGGCACUGUGCCUACAUCACUAGUAGAGGCUCUACUUCCCAUGUUUUCAUUGACAGGUGCCCAAGAGUUUUGAGAUAUUUCCUGUUUCACAGGAAUGUGGUGCCUUUGUCCCCUCCAGGAGAGAUAACCUCUUGAAAAAAACAUCUGGAGGCUCCCACUGGUGCAGAUUGCAGGGCUUGACUUCCAGAGGGCAUGUGACAUGUCAGCACCUUGCAAGGAGGUGGUAACAUCCAGUCGUGAAACUGGGAAAAGCCAGAGCUCUUGGAUCAGGGAAACAUGUCCCGUCGGAAACAGACAAAUCCAAAUAAAGUUCACUGGGAUCAAGUAUUUGCUGGGCUAGAAGAGCAAGCCCGCCAGGCGAUGAUGAAAACUGAUUUUCCUGGAGACCUUGGCAGUCAGCGACAAGCUAUCCAACAACUAAGAGAUCAGGACUCCAGUAGCAGUGACAGUGAGGGAGAUGAAGAGGAGACCACACAAGAUGAAGUCUCUUCCCAUACGUCAGAGGAAGAUGGAGGAGUGGUCAAAGUGGAAAAAGAGUUAGAAAAUGCAGAACAGCCUGUUGGUGGAAAGAAAGUGGUAGAGCAUGAGGUCACGGAGAAUUUGCAUUCUGACCCGUUACUUGGACUCUGCCAGUGUCCCCUCUGCCAGCUCGACUGUGGGAGUCGGGAGCAGCUGAUUGCUCACGUGUACCAGCACACUGCAGCCGUGGUGAGCGCCAAGAGCUACAUGUGUCCCGUCUGUGGCCGGGCCCUCAGCUCCCCAGGGUCACUGGGUCGCCAUCUCUUAAUCCACUCGGAGGACCAGCGGUCGAACUGUGCUGUGUGUGGAGCCCGUUUCACUAGCCAUGCCACAUUUAACAGUGAGAAACUCCCUGAAGUCCUUAAUAUGGAAUCCCUACCACCAGCCCACAGUGAAGGCCCCUCCAGUGCCGAGGGGAAGGACAUUGCCUUUACUCCUCCAGUGUACCCUGCUGGAAUUCUGCUUGUGUGCAACAACUGUGCAGCCUACCGGAAGCUGCUGGAAGCCCAGACCCCCAGCGUCCGCAAAUGGGCCUUGCGUCGGCAGAAUGAGCCUUUGGAAGUCCGGCUGCAGCGACUGGAACGAGAGCGCACAGCCAAGAAGAGCCGGCGGGACAAUGAGACCCCCGAGGAGCGGGAGGUGAGGCGCAUGAGGGACCGAGAAGCCAAGCGCCUGCAGCGCAUGCAGGAGACGGAUGAGCAGCGGGCACGCCGGCUGCAACGAGAUCGGGAGGCCAUGAGGCUGAAGCGAGCCAACGAGACCCCCGAGAAGCGGCAGGCCCGGCUCAUCCGGGAGCGGGAGGCCAAGCGGCUCAAGAGGAGGCUGGAGAAAAUGGACAUGAUGUUGCGAGCUCAGUUUGGCCAGGACCCUUCUGCCAUGGCAGCCUUAGCAGCUGAAAUGAACUUCUUCCAGCUACCUGUGAGUGGGGUGGAGCUGGACAGCCAACUCCUGGGCAAGAUGGCCUUUGAAGAGCAGAACAGCAGCUCUCUGCACUGAAGCCACACCCUCCUGCCUGCCUUCCCGCUCACCACCCACCCGAGCCCACAGGGAUCCGCACUCAGUCACCCUCAGAUUCUGUCCUUGCGGCGGAGGCAGGCCCGGGUUUGUUGCAGGUGGACCUGCAUACCCCUUGCAUGUGGGAGCAGGAUGAUGGGGUCAGGAGGGACCCGGAUCCAGGCAGCUGUGGACAAGGGAGCAGGCACUCCAGACACUUCAACUUUCCAGCCCACUGCUGCAAGGUCUGCGUGUGGGACUGUGGGGUCCCGGUGCAGCCCGUGGAGUUACGAGGGCAAAUAAAUUAAUUUUAUCUUUA